UUGAGAAUUCAUUUAUGAUUUCAUUUCGAAUUUCAGACGUUAUUAAUUUUUCAGUCCAGGAGGGGGUUUUUAUUCGAAGGUUUACCUCAGAAAUAACUGUGCCGUGAUAUUUAAGUUCUUAGGAUGCUGUAUAGUGUGCUUCCAGGUUUAUCACUUUGCAUGACGUUAUUUGCAAACAGCACGAAUGUUCCUCAAGUCAACGUUGCAUUUGAUACCAACAACGGAAUUGAGAUUCCACAAUACAACAAAUAUUUAGAUGCUGCUAUGAUACUAAUAAGGGCAGCAAAAGAACUAAGAAAUAAACAAGAGAGCUCCUCUGAAGAAUCAAAUCAAGACCCUUUAGAAGAAACCGAAUCUGAAAUUGCUGACAGGGCUGGAGAUGAUGCAUCAUCAGUUGUAGAUAAAGAUGACUCUACAAAGGAAAUAUUGAAUAGAUGUCCUCUGAAACCAAUUGAUUGCGAAGAAAUCUUGAUAGAGUGUGGAUAUAACGCGUCAGGUGUUUACAAAAUUUAUCCACGAAGCCGAAUCGAAACAUGGGGACAUGGAGGUGGUUUUGACGUCUAUUGUGAUAUGGUUACAGACGGAGGAGGAUGGACGGUAUUUCAACGCAGGGAUGAUUUUGGAACCAAUUCAGAUUUCUUUUACAAAGACUGGCAAAGUUACAAAUUUGGGUUUGGCAACUUAUACUAUGACUUCUGGUUAGGCAAUGACAAAAUCUUUGCUCUCAGCAGUCAAAGGGAUUGCGAACUUCGAUUCGAUUUGUUGGAUUUUGAAAAUGUAGGCGGCUUUGCACUUUAUGAUCACUUUUACAUAGAUGACGAAAAUGAAGGAUACCGAUUGCAUCUAGGAGAUUAUAGAGGAUCUAUAGGCGAUUCAUUCUCAGGUCACAAUCGCAGCAAAUUUUCUACAAAAGACAGAGAUAACGACAACAACUCCGCCCGAAAUUGCGCUCAAACCUACAAAGGAGGAUGGUGGUACAACAACUGCCACACGGUCAACCUCAAUGGGAUGUACCACAAAGGAACUCACAACUCCUACGCAGACGGUAUCAACUGGUACGGCUGGAGGGGCUUCAAGUACUCCCUCAAAAUGACUGAGAUGAAACUAAGGUCUGAUACUUUUCGAAGGACUGUAAAUUUCGCCGUUUCGGAAGAAUCGGAAGAUAGUUCUGAAUAGAGCUCACUGACUUAAUCAUUGAUGCAUUUUUAACCUUCAAUUUUAGCAAAUAUUUACUCCAUUAUCUUGUUUUUUGAGUGUUGGUGUCGUGUUCCUCUUGUUUUUGUAUUCUUUAUCUUUAUUAUUACUAAUAAUAAAGCUUAAAGUCUCUC